AUGGCCUCGAUCAAGCAAGCUGUCGGCCUCGCCGUCAAGCCUGAGAAGCCGAUCAAGCUCUACUCUCAUCCUGGUGGACCAAACCCAUGGAAAGUCGCCAUCAUCUUGACAGAGCUGGGCAUUCCGUACAACAGCGAAGUCAUGGACUUCGCGCAGUUGAAACAGGAGCCGUUUGAGUCUCAGUUCCCCAACGGCCGCGUCCCCGCCAUCGAAGACCCCAACACGGGCAUCAAGCUCUGGGAAUCUGGCGCGAUUAUCGAGUACCUGCUGGAGACGUACGACACCUCCAACGACCUGUCGUACACCAGCAGCCCGGAGAAGUUCGAGCAGAAGCAAUGGCUUCAUUUUCAAAUGUCCGGCCAAGGCCCCUACUUCGGCCAACGCGCCUGGUUCCUGUUCUACCACCCGGAGAAAAACCUUACCUCGUGCCUCGACCGCUACGGCAACGAGAUCCGCCGCGUGCUCGGCGUCAUCGAGCGCCACCUCACCAAGACUAACAAGCCCUACCUCCUGGGUGACCGUGUGAGUUAUGCGGAUUUGGCGUUUGUGCCGUGGCAUUGGCUGUUGUUGUAUAAGCCGCAGAUCAUGGGCGAGGAUUUCCCGAAGGAGUGGGAGAAGGAGUUCCCCAAGACUUGGGCUUGGACGCAAGGGUUGGAGGCGAGGCCGAGUGUGAAGAAGGUUCGGGAGGAGAGGGUGGAGGCUAUGAGUAAGGGACACUAA